AUGUCUAAGUAUAAAGGUCCAAGGAUCAAGAUACAAGGAUCAAAGCACAAGGAUCGGGGUACAAGGAUCAAGAUAAAAGGAUCAAGGUAUAAGGAUCAAUGUACAAGGAUCAAGGUACAAGGAUUAAGGUAUAAGGAUCAAGAUCCAAGGACAAAGGUCCAAGAACUAAGGAUCAAGGCAAAAGGAUCAGGGUACAAGGAUCAGGGUAGAAGGAUCAAGGAUCAAGGUCAAAAGAUCAAGUUCCAAGGAUCAAUGUCCAAGUAUAAAGUUCCAAGGAUCAAGGUACAAGAAUCAAGGUACAAGGAUCAAGUAAAAGGAUCAAAAUACAAGAAUCAAGGUCGAAAGAUCAAGGUCCAAGGGUCAAGGUCAAAGGAUCAAGCUACAAGGAUUAGGGGUACAAGGAUCAAGGUAGAAGGAUCAGGGAACAAGGAUCUAGGUACAAGGAUCAAGUUACAUGGAUCAGGGUAUAAGAAUCAAGGUACAAGGAUCAAGAUAGAAGGAUCAAGGUAUAAGGAUCAAGGUAGAUGGAUCAAGGUGCAAGGAUCAAGGUAUAAGGAUCAAAGAACAAAGAUCAAGGUAUUAGAAGCAAGGUCAAAAGAUCAAGCUCCAAGGAUCAUUGUCCAACAUCAGGGUACAAGGAUCAAGGUACAAGGAUCAGGCUACAAGGAUCAACGUAGAAGGAUCAAGGUACAAGUGUCAAGGUUGAAGGAUCAGGGUACAAGGAUUAAAGUAGAAGAAUCAAGAUCAAGCUCCAAGGAUCAAUGCCCAAGUAUAAAGGUCCAAGUAUCAAGGUAUAAGGAUCAAGAUCAAAGAAUAAAGGUCCAAUGUAAAAGAAUCAAGGUACAAGCAUCAGGGUACAAGGAUCAAGGUACAAGAAUCAGGCUACAAGGAUUAAGGUCAAAAGACCAAGUUCCAAGGAUCAAUGUCCAAGAUCAAAAUACAAGGAUCAAGGUCGAAAGAUCAAGGUCCAAGGGUCAAGGUCGAAGGACCAAGCUACAAGGAUCAGGGUACAAGGAUCAAAGUAGAAGGAUCAAGGUACAAGAAUCAGGGUACAAGGAUCAAGGUAGAAGGAUCAGGGAACAAGGAUUAAGGAUCAAGCUACAAGGAUCAGGGUACAAGGAUCAAAGUAGAAGAAUCAAGGUGCAAGAAUCAGAGUACAAGGAUCAAGGUAGAAGGAUCAGGGAACAAGGAUCAAGGUACAAGGAUCAAGGUACAAGGAUCAAGUUACAUGGAUCAAGGUAUAAGAAUCAAGGUACAAGGAUUAAGAAGGAUCAAAGUACAAGUGUCAAGGUUGAAGGAUCAGGGUACAAGGAUCAAAAUAGAAGAAUCAAGGUAGAAGGAUCAGGGAACAAGGAUCAAGGUACAACGAUCAAGGUACAAGGAUCAAUGUCAAAAGAUCAAGCUCCAAGGAUCAAUGCCCAAUCCAAGUAUCAACGUACCAGGAUCGAUGUAAAAGAAUCAAGGUAUAAGGAUCAAGAUCGAAAGAUCAAGGUUCAAGUAUCAAAGUCCAAGGAUCAAGGUCCAAGGGUUAAAGUUCAAGGAUCAAGGUACAAGGGUCAAGGUAAAAGGAUCAAGGUAAAAGGAUCAUGGUACAAAGAUCAGGGUCCAAGGAUCAAGGUAGAAGGAUCAAGGUACAAGAACCAGGGUAGAAGGAUCAAGGUACAAUGA